UCCCCAGCCAGCACACUUCCAAAUGGAUGGACUCCAACUCCCAGAAUCCCCACGCCCUGAUCCCCCCCUUCCCUCUACACUGGCCAAUCCCCCGGAGCGGAGGGGGCUUCCCAGGCAGGACCCCCAGCCUGGAAAGGACCCGGGGUGGUGGUGGUGAAGAAGAGGCAUCCCACCGCACCGCACCUGCGCCCGGCAUCCCCGGCUGGGCUCUCUCAGCGGCCAGGCCUGGUGGGGACUUGGCGUCCUUGCAGGCGCGGCCAAUGAACGGCGGAGGUGGAGCUUGGCGGCGAUCGCCCCGGAGCGGGGUCUUCUUGCAGCCGGGCCGGACGGCGGCGGCGGAGGAGGAGGAGAUCCCGUUGCAUCCCUGCCUCUCUGCGGGGUCUCCGGACGGGACGAUGAGCCCGGCGUUGCAAAGCCUCCUCCCCGGGCGAGCCGGGCGCUGGAGCCGGACCAGCGCCGCCAAGAGAGCGGCCGCUUUGCUGGCUGCGGCUUACGGGCUGAAGAUCCUCUGGCCGCUGCUUUGCAAGCGGCUGCGGCGGCAGCAGCGGAGCGGCCAAGAUGCUGCCAAGCGAGAGAAGGAGGAGGAGGAGGAAGCAGCGACGGGGUCGUUGCACCGGCCCGAGCCGGCUGCCAGCAGAGCCUCUCCGGCCGCCAAUGCGGAAUUCCUCCGGCAACUCCUGGCGCUGCGCAAGAUCUUCUUCCCGCGGCUGGUCAGCCCCGAGAGCGGCUGGCUUUGCCUGCACUCGGUGGCGUUGGUGUCGCGGACCUUCCUCUCCAUCUACGUGGCCGGGCUGGACGGGCAGAUCGUGAAGAGCAUCGUGGAGAAGCGUCCGCGGAGCUUCGCCUGCAAGUUGCUCAAGUGGCUGCUGGUGGCCAUCCCGGCUACCUUCGUCAACAGCGCCAUCCGUUACCUGGAGUGCAAGCUGGCCCUGGCUUGCCGCACCCGCCUGGUGGAUCACGCCUACCUGACCUACUUCGACCACCAGACCUACUACAAGGUGACCAACAUGGACGGCAGGCUGGCCAACCCCGACCAGUCGCUGACCGAGGACAUCAUGAUGUUCUCCCAGUCGGUGGCUCACCUUUACUCCAACCUGACCAAGCCCAUUUUGGAUGUGGGGCUCACGUCCUACACGCUCAUCCGGACGGCCCAAGCCAGGGGGGCCAGCCCCGUGGGACCCACGCUGCUGGCCGGCCUGGUGGUCUACACCACGGCCAAAGUGCUGAGAGCCUGCUCCCCCAAGUUUGGCAAGCUGGUGGCCGAGGAGGCCCACCGGAAGGGUUACCUGCGCUACCUCCACUCGCGGAUCAUUGCCAACGGGGAAGAGAUCGCCUUCUAUAGAGGCCACAAGGUGGAAAUGAACCAACUUCAGAAAAGUUACAAAGCUCUGGAGGAGCAGAUGAAUAUCAUUUUGUCCAAGCGCUUAUGGUACAUCAUGCUUGAGCAGUUCCUGAUGAAAUACGUCUGGAGUAGCAGCGGGUUGAUUAUGGUGGCGGUGCCCAUCAUUACGGCAACAGCAUUCGCGGAUGGCGAUUUGGACAAUGGCCAAAAACAAGCCAUGGUUAGCGAACGAACGGAAACCUUCACUACCUCACGGAAUUUAUUAGUUUCUGGAGCAGAUGCCAUUGAACGGAUUAUGUCUUCCUACAAAGAGGUGGCAGAAUUAGCCGGCUACACGGCCCGUGUUUACAACAUGUUUUCAGUCUUCGAUGAAGUAAAGAGAGGCAUUUACAAAAUGUCAGAUCUUACUCCGGAACGGGAAAGCAGCAACAAGAAAAGGAGUAAAGCCAAACAAUGCAUUAAUGGCCCCUUAGAAAUAAAAGGAAAAGUAAUAGAUAUUGAUCAUGGGAUUAUCUGUGAAAAUGUCCCUAUAAUUACCCCCAACGGAGAUGUGGUGGUUUCCAAGCUAAACUUCAAAGUUGAGGAAGGCAUGCAUCUCCUAAUUGCUGGCCCCAAUGGUUGUGGGAAGAGCUCCCUGUUCAGGAUUUUGAGUGGUUUGUGGCCCGUCUAUGAAGGGGUUCUCUACAAACCACCUCCCCAGCAUAUGUUCUACAUUCCGCAAAGGCCUUACAUGUCCCUGGGAACGCUACGGGACCAAGUCAUCUAUCCCGAUUCAGUGGAUGACAUGCAUGAAAAAGGAUACCAGGAUCAAGAUCUGGAAUUUAUACUGCAGAUAGUUCAUCUGAAUCAUAUUAUUCAGAGAGAGGGAGGGUGGAACGCUGUAAUCGAUUGGAAAGAUGUCCUGUCUGGAGGAGAGAAGCAGAGAAUGGGAAUGGCUCGGAUGUUUUAUCAUCGGCCGAAAUACGCACUGUUGGACGAAUGUACAAGUGCCGUCAGCAUUGAUGUGGAAGGAAAAAUAUUCCAGGCUGCUAAAAGUGCCGGCAUUUCCCUGCUUUCCAUAACUCACAGGCUAUCCCUCUGGAAGUACCACACGCACUUGCUCCAGUUUGACGGGGAAGGAGGUUGGCUCUUCGAAGAACUGGACACCGCUAUUCGCUUAACUCUGAGUGAGGAAAAGCAGAGACUGGAAUCGCAGCUUGCGGGGAUGCCAAAAAUGCAGCAAAGACUAAAUGAACUUUGCAAAACCCUAGGGGAAGAUUCGGUGUUCAAAACCGUGGAUAAAGAAGAAUAAAACCCUUUAGGUUCCUCUCCCCUGCCCCACAAUUUUUUUAAAAAGGAAAUUCGUAGAUUUUCACAGGUACAGGUAUGCAGGUUUUGGUGUAUUCGGGUCUUUUCCCGUGUAAGAUUGGGAGUAUCUUGCCGACGUUUCUAUGAGGUCCCCACUCGUCAUCCUCAGGCUGGUGUCUUCUGCUUCGUGCUUGUGAGCAAAGCGUGUUCGGAACUGCCAUCCUGUAUAAAUACUGGUGUGGGUAUGUGGAGUACUGGCUUUGUUGCUGUAAGCGGAUUGGUUGGCUGUGUUGUUAUCUUGAAGAAGA